CUAACAUUUUCCUUUCUGUCACCGUGAGAUGCAGCCGGAGUUCAGCAGCAGAGCCUGCAUGUGAGGAUCAACGUGUUUAAGUGGACUCUGUUUAAACUUUCGGGAUGUUUCACCUCAGACUCAUCUCCUGUUAGCCAAGAAUGCUAAAGGAAGUUAGCUUGUCAGCAGGAAGUAGCCGGAGCCGGAGCUCGGCCUCACAGUGUGUAUUUUAUCAGAGUGAGCUGCGUGUCUGUAACGGAGUGUGUCUGGAGGAAAAGCUGCUGUAAACAUGUCUAAAGUCCAAACGCUGAGAGCUUUUGUCCAGCAGCGACUAAGUGCGGCUGCUGAAGAGAUAUUUGAGCUGUUUGAAAGAACGAUAGCAGAGUACGAGGAGGAACUUUGUGGACAACGCAAACUACUGGACGCUGUUUUCAAGCCUGAAGUCCGGUUACACAGAGCAGAUGUCCAGCUGCUAUUGGUGACUAAAGAAGAGGUUCCCCCUGAGCAGCAGGAGUGCAGACCCCGGCUAGACCAGGAGGACCCAUCAGAGCCCCAACACAUUAAAGAAGAGUGGAGCUCCAGUCUGGACCAGGAGGACCCAUCAGAGCCCCAACACAUUAAAGAAGAGUGGAGCUCCAGUCUGGACCAGGAGGACCCGCCAGAGCCCCCACACAUUAAAAAGGAACAGGAGGAACGCUUGAUCAGUCAGGAGGGAGGGGAGCAGCUUCAACGUCUGGGGGAGGCUAAUUUCAUCAAAUUCACAUUCACUCCUGUCCCUGUGAAGAGUAAGUUAGAUGAAGAGAAACCUCAGUCCUCACAGCUUCAUCAAAGACUAACUGAGCAGAUGGAAACAGAAGCUGAUGGAGAGAACUGUGGAGGACCAGAACCAGCCAGGAACUCUGAUGCAGAUGGACAUUUACAACCGGCUACUCAUGACAAGAUGUCACACUCAUCUGAAACUGAAACUGAUGAGAGUGAUUGGGAGGAGACCAGAGAACCUGAGUCAGGUUCAAACCCUCUGCAAAACAGUGAAGUACCUGUAAGUGAUCAGGAAUUUUGUACUGGAAAAACAUCAAGCAGCUCCUCUGAAUUUGCUACAAGCUUUGGCCACGAGGGAUGUCUGCAGGAGCACAGUGGACUUGAAAAAACCGGAGAGGAGCCACUUAGUUCUGUCUGUGGUAAAGGAUCAGUUUUAACCAAACACUUAACAGGUCAUACAGGAGAAAAACCUUUUAGCUGCUCAGUUUGUAAAAGAAAUUUCAAAAACAGAAGCAGUUUAUCCAAACACAUGAGAACCCACACAGGGGAGAAACCGUUCAGUUGUUCUGUCUGUGGUAACAGAUUCACACAAAAGUCAGAUGUGAGACGACACUCAACUGUCCACACAGACGCCCGGCUGCCAUCGUUGAGUAAAGAAGACGUUCCCUCUGAGCAGCAGGAGAGGAGCCCCAGUCUGGACCAGGAGGACCCACCAGAUCCCCCACACAUUAAAGAGGAACAGGAGGAACUCUGGACCAGUCAGGAGGGAGAAAAGCUUGAAGGGCUGGAGGAGGAAGAAAUCACCAUGUUCACAUUCACUCCUGUCCCUGUGAAGAGUGAAGAAGAUGAUGAAGAGAAACCUCAGUCCUCACAGCUUCAUCAAAGACUCACUGAACAGAUGGAAACAAAAGCAAAUGAAGAAGACUGUGGAGGACCAGAACCAGCCAGGAACUCAGAUCCAGAUGGACAUUUACAACCAGCGACCGAUGACGAGACAUCAGACUCUGAACCUGAGACUGAUGGGAGUUGUGAUUGGGAGGAAGCCAGGGAACCUCAGUCAGGUUCAAACUCUAUGCAAAACAAUGAAGAAUGUGCUACAAGCUUUGGACCAAAGGAAUGUCUGCAGGAACACAAUGGAGCUCAAACAGGAGAGAAACCACGCAGUUGCUCAGUUUGUGAUAAAAGAUUCUUUGGGAAAGACUCCUUCAGGACUCAUAUGAGACUCCAUUCAAAAGAAAAAUGUUUCCACUGCUCAGUUUGUAAAACAAGUUUUGUUUCCAGAAGUCAUUUGUCCAUACAUGAGAGGAUCCACACUGGGGAGAAACCAUUUAGUUGCUCUGUCUGUGGUAAAAGAUACUUCUGGAUGGACUCCUUAAAGACUCAUAUGAGUCUUCAUUCAGAAGCAAAACGUUUUAGCUGCUCAGUUUGCAAAAGAACUUUCAGUUUUCAAAGCAGUUUGUCCAGACACAUGAACAUCCACAAAGGAGAGGAACCAUUUAGUUGUUCUGUCUGUGGUAAAACAUUUUACUAAAGCCAUAUC